AUGGAGGAGGUGUCACGGAUCACCGAUCGUCACAAAGAGGCUCGACUCGGAUUUGCAAAGUUGAACCUAGGGAGAGAUUGGGCAAAGGUCGUCUUUUUGGAUGAAAAGAAAUUCAACUUGGACGGUCUUGAAGGAAACAAGUACUACUGGCGCGACUUAGAGAAAGAACCAGUCUACUUCAUCCGCCGCAAUUGCGGUGGAGGAAGUCUUAUGGUGUGA